ACCACCACCACUGAAGCCAAUUCACUCUCCUGGGAGACCCAUGGGCAGAAUCCGUUUCAAUGCUUUUUAAGAGAUCUCGGAUCCUCAGCAGCACCUGUGCCUCGGGGAGUUGCAAAAGCUCUGAAUUCACCGGAGAGCCCCCCUGGUAUUACACCUAGCCCCCCAGGAAGGAGGCUUUGGAACUCGUGUGUUGCAUACUUAGAAACUACUUCCUACUGAAGGUGGCUUUAGAACUAGCAAUUCUCCUAGAUCUGGACGAUGAGUGGAUACUUGGAUGAAUCAGAGUUUAUGAUGGUAGAGGAAGGCUUCACCACCAGAGACCUCCUUGAGAACCUCCUCAUGGAAGUCUCCCAGACGAGCGACAAAGGGGCCUUUUUUGUGGCAGACCUGGGGGAUGUAGUGAAGAAAUACCUGCGCUUCUUGAAGGCCUUGCCCCAUGUCAAACCUUUCUACGCUGUUAAGUGUAACAGCAGUGAAGGAGUGGUGCGGACGCUGGCUGCGCUGGGGGCAGGAUUUGACUGUGCUAACAAGACGGAGAUUGCAUUAGUUCAGAACAUCGGGGUCCCACCUGACAAGAUUAUCUACACCAACCCCUGCAAACAGAUCUCGCAGAUCAAAUACGCAGCCAGCCAUGGGGUGCAGCUGAUGGCCUUUGACAAUGAAGUGGAGCUCAGGAAAGUGGCAAGGAGCCAUCCACAUGCCAGGAUGGUUCUGUGCAUCGCCACGGACAACCCCACAUCCUCUGCCUUUCUGAGUGUGAAGUUUGGUGCCACCCUUAAAUCCUGCAGACACCUACUAGAAACUGCAAAGGAGAUGAAUGUGGAGAUCGUUGGCAUCAGUUUUCAUGUUGGCAACGGCUGCCUCGACCUGCAAGCCUUCUCUCGGUCCAUAGCAGAUGCUCGGCUGGUGUUUGAAAUGGGUGCUGAGCUGGGCUACAAGAUGCACUUAUUAGAUAUUGGAGGUGGAUUCCCUGGCACAGAAAACUCGAAAGUCCGGUUUGAAGAGAUUGCAGCCACGAUAAACUCCGCCUUGGACUUGUAUUUCCCAGAAGGCUGUGGGGUGGAAAUCAUUGCCAAACCAGGACGAUACUAUGUAGCUUCCGCCUUUACCUUGGCUGUCAAUGUUAUUGAGAAGCAGGAGGUUCCCUUGGAUCUGCCUGGCUCAGACGAUGAGUCUGGCAGCAAGAAGAACAUCCUGUAUUACAUUAAUGAUGGCAUCUAUGGAUCCUUCAGCUGCAUUUUCUUCGAUCGCACCUGCCCCAGCCCUGUCCUGCACAAGAAACCCAGCCCACAUCAUCCCUUGUUCAGCAGCAGCCUCAGGGGUCCUCCUUGUGAUGGGCAGGACUGCAUUGCAGAUGGCUUGGAGCUACCAGAACUGCAAGUUGGUGACUGGCUGACAUUUGAGAACAUGGGUGCCUACACCAUAGCAGCCUCAUCUUCAUUUAAUGAAUACCAGCAGCCACGGAUCAAGUACAUCAUGUCCCGGGAAGCUGUCCGGCUGCUUCAGGGGAAGCUGCCACUACCAGAAAAAGAGGAUAGAGAGAACAUGUGCACUCCUCUCUCCUGUGGCUGGGAAAUCACAGAUACCUUGUGCAUUACCCCUGUCUUCACUACAGCUAGAAUCACGUGAGCAGCACCAGCCAUGACGGGGGCAGAUCCUUAACCAAGGGGACUCUUGCAUCUAUUUCUCAUGCCCUCCCAGAUUUCUGCCCUGAAGCAGGACCUGUUUUACAUUCAUUGUGGUUUUUUAAGUAUGCAACAUAAAUCCUGUUCCUCCUGCCUGU